UCGCCGUCUCCGUCUCCGACUCCGCGAAGCGCCUGUCGGACGAUCUUCGGCGUCGCGACGUCGGUGACGCUGUCGCUUCGCGUCUCCCGCCUCCGCUCGCGCGACGUCUCGUCCGUCCGUCUAUUUUUUUUCCUCUCCCUCUCUGCGCGGCCGCUGGCACCGCGACGGGCGAGUUGUCGCCCGGAGGGACUCUCUCUCGCGCGACCGCGCGCGAGAGAAAACAGUGUCGUCGACGAUUUCUCGUGCGCGAACCGGACGAGGAGGUUGACGGUCCUCCUUUUGCGACGCGUCGCGCGAGUAGUGCGAUCCCCGAGUGCCGCGUCGUCGUCGCGCCCGCGCGCCUUUGUCCGUCCCGCCGCGCGCGGCCCUCAGAUCGGCGCGGGCCCCACGAGAAUAUUCCGCGCUGGACACAUCCGCGUGGAGAAUAUUUAUAUCCCCCUCGCGGGAUACCGCGAAUUCUCCCGAGUUCCACGAGGCUUUGAGGAAACGCCCCGCUUUCCGUCCGCGCCCGCGCGCGCGCGCGCGCGCGAGACGCGAUCUCGCCUGCGUCUCUCUUGGAGCGGAGCCGCGCUCUCAGGGUUAGCCGAUGUUUUAUGUAUGAGAUAAAUAACACUCGAUCCGCGCAGGCAUGCAUUCGGGGAUGCACUCUCAGGUGCCGGCGGGAAGAAAGCGGAUAUUCCCGGUAGUACGUGAAGUGGAUCGGCUGCUCGACGGCCGUGUGAUUGAGAUCCUCUACGUCCCGUGAGGAAGGGGGGCAGGGGGAUUCCCGCGAAUGCGAGAAUCAUGUUGCGCCUUGACGCCGCGAGACCGUUUUCCCCGCGGCCGGCUGCUGCCGCCCUGUGCCGAUAGUGAAUUUCCUUCCUGGGCCGAUCGCCGUUCCGGAACUCGCACGCUGGUAUGCAGAGCAAAAUGCAGACGUUCAGCGGGCUCGCCUUCGGGAACGUGUUCAGGAAAAAGGCAAACAAGGUGACCGGAGGACCUCCUGCGGGCAAUGCACCGCCUCCGCCUACACUUAUCAACAAAAUCAAGUACCAACCCGGUGGACCCGUAAUCAAAAAGGAUAAACGGCAAAGCAGCUCGAGAUUCAACAUAUCGAAAAAUCGGGAACUGCAGAAAUUGCCGCUGUUGUCCGAAACACAACAGGGAAACGAGCGGGAGGAACUUUUUAUACAGAAGCUACGGCAAUGCUGCGUCCUGUUCGACUUCGAGUCCGAUCCGUUGUCGGAUUUGAAAUGGAAGGAGGUAAAGCGCACCGCCCUCCACGAGAUGGUCGAGUACGUAACCAAAAACAAAAACGUUAUUACCGAGGCGAUAUAUCCCGAAGCGGUGAACAUGUUUGCCGUGAAUUUAUUCCGGACGCUACCCCCAUCGUCAAAUCCUAAUGGCGCGGAGUUUGAUCCGGAGGAGGAUGAGCCAACGUUGGAGGCGGCCUGGCCGCACUUGCAGCUCGUCUACGAAUUCUUUUUGCGGCUGCUGGAGUCGCAGGACUUUCAACCGUCCAUAGCGAGACGUUACAUAGAUCAAAAAUUCGUGCUGCAGCUCUUGGAGCUAUUUGACUCCGAGGACCCGAGAGAGAGGGAUUUCCUUAAGACGACCCUCCAUAGGAUUUAUGGAAAAUUCCUAGGACUCAGGGCGUACAUUAGGAAACAGAUCAAUAAUGUUUUCUAUCGAUUUAUUUAUGAGACGGAACAUCACAACGGCAUCGCAGAACUACUUGAAAUUUUAGGAAGUAUUAUAAACGGCUUUGCUCUGCCGCUAAAGGAAGAGCACAAGGUGUUUUUGUUAAAAGUCCUGUUGCCCCUGCAUAAAGCUAAGUCACUGUCCGUGUACCAUCCACAACUAGCGUACUGCGUCGUUCAAUUUCUGGAGAAGGAUCCGUCGUUGACGGAGCCCGUAAUUAGAAAUCUGCUGAAAUUCUGGCCAAAAACACAUUCCCCGAAAGAAGUUAUGUUCUUGAACGAACUUGAAGAGAUCUUAGACGUCAUUGAACCAGCUGAGUUUCAGAAAGUCAUGGAUCCAUUGUUCAGGCAAUUAGCCAAAUGCGUGUCAUCACCGCAUUUCCAGGUGGCGGAAAGAGCUCUCUAUUAUUGGAAUAAUGAAUACAUAAUGUCCUUAAUAUCGGACAAUUACUCUGUCAUUCUACCGAUAAUGUAUCCAGCCUUUUACAGAAACUCCCGCAAUCACUGGAACAAGACGAUCCACGGUUUAAUUUACAACGCCCUGAAACUUUUCAUGGAGAUGAAUCAAAAAGUAUUCGACGAGUGUACAACACAGUACUAUCAGGAGCGUCAAAGAGAACGAAAGCUCAUGAAAGAUCGAGAUGAAGCAUGGAUGCGCGUGGAAGCGCUCGCGAUGAGGCAUCCAAACUACAAUAUCGCAAUCGCAAUUAAAGGCACAACGAAUAAUACAUCCUACACAUCACUACAACAUAUAGAUAGUUCACCACCUGACGAGGACGGUGACACGGAUCAAACUCCGCUCACUUUGGAGAAAAUCGAAGCUAAAGCCAAUGAGGCGAAGAAAAUGACAAACGUGAACAAAGUGAAACCGCUUUUACGAAGGAAGAGCGAUUUACCGCAAGAUUCGUACACAAUGCGGGCAUUGUCCGACCACAAACGCGCCGAUGAAUACCUUGUUACGCCGCCAGAUCCCAAUAAUUGCUAGUCUCUACCACAACCCCUUCCCAUGUAUCCUCUGUUUUGCUGUAGCAACAUCGGAAGUUAGCUUUCUUUUUGGGAGGAAAAACGGCGAUAAGAACACAAAUAAUUUGGCUAAGAGUCCCACUGUGCGAAAUCAGUGACGUUAUUGUCAUCUCAAUGUAUAUCACACAUCAUAUUUGCUUUUUUUUUUUAAAUAGAAGAAAGAGGAAUCCUAUUAUCCCGCCGCAUAUCGUGCGAUUCAAAGACAGAGUGUAUAGGUACUCGUAGAAGCUUACAGAAGAAACUCGUUCUUUAUAGAAAAGCAUUGUAUUUAUUUCUUCACUAUGAAAAAAGAAACGCAUUGCGGUUAAGAACUGUAAUAGCAUCAUUAUAAAAGACGCGCAUGUAAUAAACGAGAAGGGCCCUAAAUACAUUACUUCUAGAAUCGCCAUCACCGAAUCAGCGCUCUGAGGUGCUACCCUCCGCUAUGUCUCAACAAUAAGAUAAUGUAUGGAUAAUGUACGUAAACGAGAUUUAAUUGUGGAUACUACGGUUGUAAUGGAUUUGGUUUUAUUCUACAAGAGAUUUUAUAUACAGAUGAGAGCUAUGUGCGGGAAUGUGAUCGAAGAUAUACACGUAUCCUCUCGAUGUUGUAACCCAUACUAUUGCGCUAUGCGAGCUUGUUGUGUUAACAUUCUUGCGAAUGACGGCGUUUCCAUUUAUGUGCAAAUGAUAUAUACAUAUAUAAAUAUACGUACUUGCUUUAACACUACAGGCUCGUUGUAGUACGAGGAGAAAACAAAUGAGUGGAGACAAGGGAGAAGAAUACACGCCGGUGUGCGCGUUAUCUUAGGAUGUAUAUGAUAGUGCUAUUUUAAAAAUAAUAGAUUGCUACGAGAAAAUCUGGAUACUUCUGAGUGUACUACUUUUGUAUCUGUUGUGCCUAGAUGCCUGUGGAAAAAAAAAACAAGAAUGUGCCUCCGCGCGGGGCCUAUAUACUACGAACAGCAAGAUUAAGCAGCGAGUUUACAUGUCGCUUUGCCAAAUAUAAUCGAUAUUACAGAAUUUCAGUAAUGCUUGCAUAACAUGUUGUGUUGUUAACUCAUUGAUCUUGAGAUUAAUUGAAAGAUUAUACUGUUGCGGCCCAGAGAUAGGAGGGAGAAGAGUAAGGGAAGAGAAGAUGCGAGAAGGGGAAGGGUUAAAAUACAAUUUAGUCCUUGCGCUGCUGGCAGGUUGUUACGUUAAUAAUUGUCGAGGAUACCUUGUUGAACAUAGAUAUGAUAAGCACUUAUAUAUUAAAUAUUAGAAAUUAAAACUACGGAGAUAGAUUUAAAGAUUAUUUACUUAUUAAUUAUUCCUAUUCAACAGAGGAAUGGCCAUUUCAGCUAAUUGAUGAUUAAUUAGUGGUAUAAAUAUCAUAAUUAUUAGUUAUUGUAUUAUUUUUAUAUAGUAACGAAACGAAUAAUGACGAAAAUAGGGUAAUAGUAAUAAUGUAGUAGCUGAUACAUGUGGCAAAAUGCCUUGAAUCCGUUUAAUCUAUCCGGAAAUCUACGUUUUUCCCAAAUUAGAUCGAUAAUAAAUAAACCAUGCAUUUCUUAGGAAAACAAAUACCGUCACGUGUCAGACAGAAAGAGGAGAGGGAGGGGGGGGAGGAGGGGACGAGAAUUCUUAUACGCCGCAUGCAGCAACUCGAAAAUGACAUCGAAUCAGAUAAUCUCCGCGAAUGUGAAUGUGCACGCCUGUAAAAGCUUGAAUCGAAUCGUAGAGGACCGAAAGGGAAAGGAAUAAUCGUAAUAAUAAUACUAUUAUAAAUAAUAAUAACGCCGUUAUUAAAAGGAUAUAGAGUUGCCGGAUCGUUUCAAUGUAAUAAAGAACGUUAAUCUUGCAUGGGAGUUCUUUCAUACGUAUUAUGCGUAAAGCAUCGUAGGAAUAUUUCAUCCGCGAUCGUACAUCCGUUUUUCAAUAAGGAUCCAAAAUGGGAAUUCGAACCGGUGUAAUUUCGUCGCGAUUUAGGUCCAGAUGCCUCGUGGAUGCUGUGAGCACCCAAAAACAAGGCUCUCCAAACAAGAUAACAAUAAAUACACGACGAUCGACGUACCUUUCACUUUUAUAAUCGAGACUCGAACUCGCCGGUAAUCGCGCCGAUCUCGAUCCGACACGGAGAGUCUCAGGCCUGAUCUACAAUGUGCUCUUUGCGUAUAGAAACAGUCCAUUUUGUAGCCAAUAAAUACGUUUAAAAGAUUUAUGCAAAUUGACAAGUUGUACAUUAUACAUCGUACAUUGUCGAUAAAUGUUUUAAGGGCGUAUUGAUUUGCUUAUACAAAAUAGAAUAUUUCUAGUCGCGCAAGGCACAUUGUAGCAUUCAGGCACGAGAGUGCGACAAUGGGUUUUCUUCCUAUUCGCGCAGCGGAUGUUGUAAACACCGAAAUUAUACCGAUUCUAAUCUGCGAUCUCGAGUCGCCGGAAAUCGGAGCCGCAGGAUUGACUCGACUGAACGCAAAGUAGAAGUAGAAAAUGCUCUCCAGCUCCGUGACGCGCGAGAUCGAGCGCGUUCAAGAGUUCUCGCCUGAAAUCCACUUAGACACGCGGCAAGACGAGACCUCGUCGCGCGCAGUUCGCAUGUCUCAUGUACCUGCAUAUAUCGUGUAAAUAAUAUAAUUAUUUUUCAACGCAUUCUUCCCUUUCAGUUCCAAAGACACGCCCGUCGCGACGGGCGUCGUGCUGGGAGAAUUUAACGCGAGCUCUUUUUCGACAGUUAUUUCGCUGCUCCGCCUUUCAUCCUCCGGACACGUGGGAUUUCUGUAAAGUCUAUGAAUUUAUCGACAAAGAUUUAGAGAGAGAGAGAGAGGGAGGGGGAGACUUGUCUCAUUUUUUCAACUCUUUUAUGCACGCAGAUCUUUAAUAUUUCCCCUAGAGAGUUUACAACCGUGUUGUAUGUGUGUAAUCGCUUUCGGCAGAUGCGCGCAAUACGUAUACACGGAACUCCCCAACGAACUCCAAAGUAACAGAUACAUAACGUCAAUAUUAAUGUAAUAUAACACGCAUGUGUUAUGUACUGGUGUCAUGUAACUGUUACUUUGGUGCUUGCUGGGUCUAUAUAUAAAGAACAAAGGAAAAGAAAGAUCUCUAUACGAGUGGAUACACGGUUGCAACAUCGUACAAUGUCCGUGCCGCGGUCCGAAUUCAAAGGAGAAGGGAGGAGAUGUAUCGGUAUCGCAUAGACCGCAAAAGAAAACCUUCGCAGACAUAAUUUCGCCGAGGGCACCUCGGUUGUAACGGGAUUUUCUAUGUGAUAUUUAAAUUAAUUUAUGUUAAUUUAAACUAUCCUUAAUUAUAUACCGGACACAUUAUAUGGCGCGAAUCCACGAGACGGGAACCCGUUGCGCUCCCUCCGUGGCCACGAGCAAUUUCGUUACGUCCGUUCCAUUUGGAUGUCGUUCGAGCGAUCGAAUGCCGAAUUUGAGCGAUGAUAUUUCGUACACGUAUCUGCAAUUUGUUAAAAACAUAGUUUUAUAGUAAAUAAAGAGGAUUACGAGAAAA